UUCUUCAUGUAGAUUGUAGGGGCCGUCGGGGGCCAAUGUAUUAGAUUAUAAUUUUUGAUCUCGGUCUAUCCACGUAGAGCAAUUAUGUAACUCCGCCGAUGCUGCUGUUGUACCUAUUACAUUAUUCAAAUUAAUUAGUUUCGAGCCAAUGGCAAUUAACGGAUAUUUGUCAUAUAAUUAAACACUUCAAACAUGCUCUGUAAUAGUCGUUAAAUGAAUUAUAAACUGUAGCAACAGCUGUUAAAUUAGAUAUAUUUUUUAUUUAUUGAAUCAAGUGGUUUUUUUUAUCUGUGAUUAGAUUUUUUUUAUGAUGGCUCUAAAAAAAGUCAGAGGUAACAUCGAAAGGAUGUUCGACAAAAAUCUUACCGAUCUCGUGCGUGGUAUUCGUAAUAGCAAGGAAAAUGAGGCGAAAUAUAUUGCACAGUGUAUGGAAGAAAUUAAACAAGAAUUACGACAAGAAAAUAUCGCAGUCAAGGCAACAGCCGUGGCCAAACUUACAUAUCUACAAAUGUUGGGCUACGAUAUCAGCUGGGCCGGUUUCAACGUUAUUGAAGUGAUGAGUUCGUCAAAGUUUACAUACAAAAGAAUUGGGUAUUUAGCGUCAUCGCAGAGCUUCCAUAGUGAUACAGAUUUGUUAAUGUUGACGACAAAUAUGAUACGUAAAGAUUUGAACAGUCAAAAUCAAUAUGAUGCUGGUGUUGCCCUUUCCGCAUUGGCAUGUUUCAUAAGUCCUGAUCUGGCAAGAGACUUGGCCAAUGACAUCAUGACAUUGCUGUCUUCGACAAAGCCAUAUCUCAGAAAAAAGGCUGUGCUCAUGAUGUACAAAGUAUUUCUUCGUUUUCCGGAAGCAUUGCGUCCAGCAUUUCCUCGUCUUAAAGAUAAAUUAGAAGAUAUGGACUGUGGUGUUCAAUCGGCCGCCGUCAAUGUUGUUUGUGAAUUAGCUAGGAAAAAUCCUAAAAACUAUUUGAGCUUAGCGCCAGUUUUUUUCAAACUAAUGACAUCAUCUACCAACAAUUGGAUGUUGAUAAAAAUAAUAAAAUUGUUUGGUGCGUUGACUCCACUGGAACCACGUCUUGGAAAAAAACUUAUAGAACCACUUACUAAUCUCAUACACAGUACUUCGGCAAUGUCUUUGUUAUACGAAUGCAUUAAUACUGUAAUUGCUGUGCUUAUAUCCAUAUCUUCCGGUAUGCCAAAUCACAGUGCUUCCAUACAAUUAUGCGUCCAAAAAUUGAGAAUAUUAAUUGAAGAUUCCGACCAAAAUUUGAAAUAUUUGGGUUUAUUGGCCAUGUCUAAAAUAUUGAAAACUCAUCCCAAAUCUGUUCAAUCGCAUAAAGAUUUAAUUAUGGUUUGUUUGGAUGAUAAAGAUGAAUCAAUUAGACUUCGUGCACUAGACCUACUCUACGGAAUGGUUUCCAAAAAAAACUUAAUGGAAAUAGUAAAAAAACUGAUGGUGCACAUGGACAAAGCCGAGGGCACCGUGUAUCGAGAUGAAUUGCUUGUUAAAAUCAUUGAUAUUUGCUCGCAAGACAACUAUCAUUUUAUAACAAAUUUUGAAUGGUACGUCAGUGUUUUGGUGGAAUUAGCUAGAGUAGAAGGUAUGAAACAUGGCCCGCUUUUGGCAGAUCAGAUGUUGGAUGUCGCUGUUCGAGUCAAAGCUAUCAGGCCAUUCGCCGUCAGCCAAAUGUCGCUACUUUUAAACAACGCUCAUAUGUUUAUGCAACCAUCUGGCGGAUCAAACAUGACUAAUGUCUUAUAUGCCGCAGCGUGGAUAUGUGGAGAAUAUGCCAAUGAGUUGGAAAAACCAGAAGAGACAUUAUUUUCAAUGCUACACAGCAAAGUACAUUCAUUGCCUGGUCACAUUCAGGCGGCUUACGUGCAAAACAUAAUGAAAGUGUUGUCCGUUAUAUUGUCCAGAGGUGACAAACAACAGUCCAUCAAGGUUUGCAAAAGAGUGUCAGAUAAAUUGGCGCAAUACGUUUCGAGUGGUGAUCUAGAAGUCCAAGAGCGAGCCAGUGUUGCGUUACAACUGAUAAGUUUCAUUCAUAAGGAAUUAGACAGCAGUGACAGUGAUGACAUAUGCGCCCAAGUGGUUUCGUUGUUUAGUGGUGAACUUAAUCCAGUCGCGCCUAAAGCCCAGCGCAAAGUGCAAGUCCCAGAAGGGUUGGAUUUGGACCAAUGGAUUAAUGAGCCUUUGCAGAGUUCUUCGGAUAGUGAAGACGACAACCAAUACAGUAACCAAGAUGAUCAUUCCAAUUUCUUUAAUUUGAGCAGCUUCGAUAAAAAAGAUGAUGAAGAAUACACUAAUAAGACUGUAGAAAACGCAGAACAGACUAGAAAAGCUCGUCUUCAAGAACAAGAAAACAACCCAAAUUAUUUAAAACUAAAUUCAACCAAUGAUCAGACUUGUGACAUUCCCAUUGCAACUAUAGAUCUUCCAACCCCGUUAAAUGUAUCUGGUUUCAUUUCGUCUGAUAAGUAUUUGAAAGCAAAAAAAUUGAAAAAAGAUAAGAAAAAGUCGAAAAAAAGAAGAAAAGAAGUCGAAGAAGAAGACGAUGAUACGCCUGCCAUCGAAAUGGUAGUAAAUAGAGAUAUUGGUGAGAUGCCUGAAGGAGCUGAAGAUUCGGAUGGGGCAUUAGAGACGACAAAAGAUGAAAAUGAUCCGCAUGCAGCUCUAGACAUUGACUUGGACGUUCCUGUCGAAAUUGAAGAGCCGCCCCCGCCCGUUGAAGAAAAAAAGAUAAAAAAAAAGAAAAAAGAUAAAAAAAAGAAAAGCGAGAAAUCAAAAAAAUCAAAAAAAGUCAUUAAUGAUGAUCAACAAUUAAUCGAAAUCAAACAAGGUUAUGAAGAAGCAUUGGGUAUUUGCACUCCAUCUAAAGAAAUUGUUCAAGCUGAAGAUUUGUCGUUUAAUAAAUUGGCUAUGGAUAAAUACUUAGUUUUGGAGUAUAAAAUAGAUCCAAAGAGUGAAUUGGGAAAUUUGGCUACUGUAUUGUUCCGUAUUACAAAUUUGAGUAACAAUUGUUUGAUUAAAAACAUUGAAUUAGAUGUUAAUAAUUCUACCGCUAUUCAAUUUAUCGAUCAAAAAAACAAAACAUUGUCGUCGUAUAAACUGUCGAGUAGCGUACAAACAAGUUCAUCUGUUGAGUUUGAUUUGUCAUUGCGGGUUGAAAAUAUAACCGUGCCUAACAUACUUAGAGGAACGCUCACGUACAUGGCUCAAAUGUUCCAAGAAGAAAGCUUCCAUCAAGACAAGCUGGACUGGCGAUUGAGGGUGGCCGUUUACGAUAUGUUCCUCAAAGCACCUCCUAGUGUACCUUUAGUGGAAUUGUUGUGCAACGGUCAGUUGAUUUUCAAGUCAUCUGUCGUGUUGUCCGGUACCAAUUUCAAUCAGGUUAUCAAUUGGUUUUCUACAAAGCUUCAUCUCGUGCUUGUCGAACGUGUUGGAGAAACUGCAUCGCUCUAUAGCUCGACCGUAUCCAACGAACAACUAUGUCUGUUGGUCAAAUCCAAUGUCAAUAAUGUGUCUGUCGAGGCGAAAUGCACGUCCCAGCAGUUGAUUGAUAAUUUAAUUGACGAAAUUAAAUCCAAUUAUCAAAUUUGAUAAUAGUAAUCGAUCAAAAUAUUAUGUAUACUCUCAUGUAACUGUGUUUUUUUUUUCAACUUGCCGGUACUAAAUGUUUUGGUACUAUAAAACUAAACACAGUAAGUGGUAAAGCUUUUCAUGUCGGCGAAUACUAAAUGUCUGUUUAUAAAAAAUUUGUUUAUAUAUUCUUUGUUAAACAACUUAACGGUUGGCAUUUAUAUUUAAUUAUUUAUUAUUUUUAUUUAAUCAUUUUUAUUUAUUUUUUAUUUGAUAAAUAAUUGAAAG